AUGGCCAAAGACAAGGAAACCACAAAGAAGGAUGGCGACUCCAGGCGUAAGAGAUCAUUUUUCAGCUGUGACCGGUGCAAAACCAGAAAACUUGCUUGUGUCCGUCUCAAUGAGAAUCUCAGCAUUUACGAACCGUGUGCAACAUGUAAAGCACUUGGACUCGACUGCAAAACCACCAUUCAGCGUAAAAGACGACGGUUGGAUAUCAAAACCGUUUCUCUCAUUAACAAGGAAUAUAUGGCUAAAAUCUUGGAGUCUUUAUACCCGCUGGUGGACUUCAAUGAUACCAGCUCUUUGCAGGCUUUACACCAAAGUAUCACUCACCAGGACUCUAACGAAGCACUCCGAUAUGGCUCUUUUUCCACGGCUGAAGGCGCACAAUCCGAAGACAAGGAAGUGCUGUAUGUGAUAUAUAGUGGGAAAAGUGUCAAUGGGGGGAUUUCGUCAAGUUCUUCGUCGUUUGGGCUGCAACUGGGUUCUUUUGAUAGAAUCAUAUACGACAACGACGGCCGAUCUCACUUCAUGGGAUGUUUUGGAUUUACUGGAAGCCUCACGGUACUUCUCAGCACAUUCAUACGGAUAACUCCACACAAAGAUAUUAAUUCCAUCAAGUUUAUCGCCGUGAUGAACAAAAGAGGGUCAGUGAUAUCUUCAUUUUCAGAGGCCACAGAGCCCGUGAUCUUUCGAAAUAUCAACACAAAGACUUACCCACUAGUGUGUUAUUUCUCACGGAAAGAGGCAGACUUCUACGUGGAUAAGUUUUACCAAUGCCAGCAAUCGCUUCUUUCAGGCAUGAAUAAACAGAAGUUUACGGAUAUGUACGACACUUUCUGGAGGAUCAAUGUGGGAGAACUUCCUCCGCAUACUCUUUCAAUUCCUCAGUACUGCUGUAUUUAUGUGGUGUGGAUCACUGGGGUAGGCAUGGAGCUAUACCCAGGAACUUCUAUGCAAGACACAUACGAAUUGGUCAACCGGUAUAUCAACUUGAUCAAGAUCUUGCUUUCGGAUAUCUUCCUUGUUCCAUCCGCAGACGGGAUCUUGUGUCUUCUUCUAUUAUCACAUUUCUUUGAAAGGAACAUGCAAGUGGAAACCUCGUACAUUUUGGCUCAGACUGCCGUGUGCCACGCCAUGUCGUGUGGGUUUCACCGUGAAUCGGUUGCAACCAGUGAAACAUUCGACCUAUGGUGGUCUUUGUUUGAUAGAGAGAUCAAGCUUGGUUUUUACUUUGGCAGAAGUCUGACGAUUCCUUUGGAGCAGGUGGAUUUGAACAAUGAAAGACGAUUCAAAGACGAAGACGGCAAGUAUCUGAACUCAUAUUAUCUUACGGAGUUGCACAAGUUGGCGUACUUAUUCUUAAAUCACAAAAGUCAGCUUCCCACUGUUUCUAAGAAGAUCACUGCUAAGCAUUUAGAUGCUUCACUCGAGUUCGACAAGAUUUUAAUUGACUUUUACGACAACCUUCCCGAAAAUUUCAAGCACUUUGAACAUAUACAGGCACAAGAAGCAGAGAUCUUGAACCUGUACUAUUUGACAGCAGUUAAUUCUGGGUUCCCAUUCAUCCUAUAUCCUAUUGAGCGCACUUCGAUAGUGAUGCUCCCGAGAAUAAAAGACAUGGUUCAUUUGAUCGAAAGGUGUAUUGAAAGCUGUAUUAGCCACAUCAAGCUUGCUGCAUUUGUUCAAAGAAGUGAGUUUUAUCCGAGUGUUGAGUUUACGACAGCCACUACCGCGUGUUGUGUGAUGGUUGGCUUGGUUGCUGGCGCACUUUUCUACAAGGUUACAGUCCAUGCUAUACCUGAGCAGUAUAAACCUCUGGAUAUCGAAGACAAGCUAAAGCAAAUUACCCGGUACUCGAAGAUCCUUCGUAUCUUGAACCAGCAAAGAGCCAUGGAUGCUACUGGAACACUGAGAGUUAGGAGAUACUGGGUGGAAAUCUUGAACGAAGACCUCAGUCUUCUUUUGACUGAUGACGACAGCGAACCAAAUACCCAAACCCUCAAGACGAUGAUAUUGGGAGAUGAAAAUGGGUCUUUUGAUCAGGAACACAAAGAAGGAGAGGAUAUAGUAGUCGAACUGGGAGCUACCGAUAAUCCUGAGAACUAUCUCAACCCAGUAUCUAUUCCCAAUCUUCUUGAUAUGAACAACUUCCUCGACGGGUAUCUUUCGCAGCAGAGCUGGAUGUCUGGUGUGCUUCGAGACAUGGGGAUCAGCAAGUAGACUAUCAAAGGGGUAAUAUACCUACCUUCUGAGUAUAUGGUAGGCAGUUUCAAAGGUUGUUGAAAGUCAAUGUUGGUUUGUUGAUUAUGAGAGGUAUGUGUAUUUUUUGCAUUCUCGUACACAAACAGCGGAUGAGAACAAAACAAACACAAAUUUUUACUCAGGAGCCGAAGCUAUUUGGCACAUGCUAGUACCAGCACCUUCUUUUCCCUACCUCAAAUCACUACUCUUACCUCUGCCCCACUCACCCAACCAGUUACAUAUGAAUAUAAACUCCAACUGA